AUGCCCGCCAUCGCUGAUCAUAAGGUCGUUGUUAUCACAGGCGCCAACAAGGGCCUAGGCUACCAAGCUGUGAAGACACUUCUCGGUUCCGACAAGAAAUACCACAUUUUCCUGGGGAGCCGCGACUUCGCCAAGGGACAAAAGGCUGCAGACACGGCACGCAAGGAGGUUUCCUCCCACAGCACCGUCGAGCCUCUGCAGCUCGAUGUCGAGAGCGAUGAGUCCAUCCAAAAGGCAUAUGAGACUGUCGAUAGCAAGUGCGGCAGAGUCGAUGUACUUAUUAACAACGCUGGCGUUAUGCUCGACCAGCAGAUCGAGCGCGGCAACAUGACUGCGCGAGAGGCUUACAACAAGUCAUGGGCCAUCAACGUCACUGGGCCUCACAUCAUUACGACGACUUUCCUGCCGCUGUUGCUGAGGUCUUCUGAUCCCAGACUCAUCUUCAACACCAGCGGCGUGUCGUCAUUGGCCAACGCUGCGGACUCGUCCCAUUUCACCUACAAGGUUCCCCCUGCUGGUGCGCCCAAGCCGGUUGGCACCAUCUCUUACAGAGCUGCGAAGGCUGGCUUGAACAUGGUUAUGCUUGAGUGGGCGAGGAUGUUGACGAACGACGGGGUAAAGGUCUGGUGUGUUGCCCCCGGCUUCUUUGCAACGGACAUCGGAGAGGGUGACCCGGAGGCGAUGAGGAAGAUGGGUGCUGGCGAUCCCGCGGGUGGCGGCAAGGCGCUCGUUGAUGUUGUCGAGGGCAAGAGGGACGCGGAUGUUGGCAAGGUCUGCAACAUGGCGGUGUACGGUACACCUGUGCAGGCAUGGUAG